AUGCGAGAAUUACGACCGGGGCUGUAUGGGCCUCUACCUACUUUCUUUCGUGACGAUCAAGAGUUGGACCUCGUCAGUUACAAGAAACAUCUUAUUAAUUUGGCGACACAAGGCAUCGUUCCUGUCUGUUCAGGAUCCUUAGGGGAAGGGGCUCAUCUGAGUCCAUCAGAGCGACAGGUUUUGAUCGAGACUACUCGCCAGACCUUGGACGACUUGGGAUUGCGAUCAACGCCUGUCGUCGCCGGAGUAGGUGGUUUGAGCACCCGAGAAACAAUAAACUUAUGUCAGGAUGCCGCAUCUGCUGGGGCGGACGCUGGGCUCGUAAUACUACCGGCAUAUUAUGCUGCAAGUUUGAACUCGGAUCAUAAUCAGAUUGUUCAAUAUUUUGUCGACAUCUGUGAAGCGUCUCCGAUCCCAUUGUUUCUUUACAACUUCCCAACAAAUGCUGCGGGGCUAGAUAUGUCGUCGGAGGUGAUCGAAAUGAUAAUGGCCAAAGCCCCAAAUUUGUGUGGUGUCAAGUUGACCUGUGGAGGAAGUGUUGGCAAACUUGUGCGAUUGAAAGCUGCCUUGGAUGUAUCAUCCACUACUAUGGCUACCCGUCCUCGGCCAUUUCUUCUUCUCGAUGGUCUUAUUGGAGAUCUCACAGCAUGGAAGGCCUGUGGUGGCCACGGAACUGUUAGUGGAAUACCAAACUUUGCUCCACAAGCGUCCGUGAGGCUAUGGGAUCUACUGAACCUUCCAACAGUGACGCCAGAGGAAGUGUCAGAAAGAGAACAGUUGCAAGCGAUCUUGUCACGAGCAGACGCACUUGCUGUACCGGCCGGUAUUCGAGCUAUGAAAUACGUCCUGCACAAAGUCCACGGCUAUGGAAAAGAACCGCGCCGACCUCUUUUACCGUUGGACCAGGAGGAGGGCGACGAGUUUCUCUUCUCAUUAGGCGAGUUGCUGGAAACGGAGCGUCGUUACGUUAAUAAGAGCGAAUGA